UGGGUAGCUUGCUCGUCUUCUCGUGUACACGCAGCUCCCGUUCGCUCUUGGGCUACAGUCAUUCGUUUUUUUCCUACCAACUUUGCCAUCUGCGUACCUACUAUUACAUUUAAUACAACCCUUCGUCUUCACCAUGCGCACCGGACUUCUUUCAGCCAGUUUGGCCAUGGCCGUUGGCGUUAGCGCCCUCCCGUCGCCCCAAGUAAUGGCAGGAUCGCUGCCAGAACUGGCGGCAAAAUUAUCCGGUGAAGCAAGCACCUUGCUGACAGACUUGAUCAACGGCGUGGCUAAGGCGCUGCCUGCUGAGGCUUUCAAGACGCAAUAUUCACACACGCCGGUGCCCAUCGAGGAGGCCAGGGCUGCUUUGGAGCAUUACACUUUCAACAUGAGCGAGGUGAUCGGCUCCGGGAAAUAUGACAAGCGCCAGAGCGCCCAAAGAUGCGCAAACCCCACGAUCUACAUAGAAUGGGACCGAUCCAACGAUGAUCAGAGGCAAAAAUACUUCGAUGCCUUCAAGUGCUUGAUGAGCCGCCCUCCCUCUGGUCAAUUUGCCGCCUCUAAAAGCCGAUACGAAGACUUGACAGCCCUGCACCAGACUCUCACGCCCAACGUCCACGACAAUGGCAAGUUUCUUCCCUGGCACAGGGCUUUUAUUCAACUUCUGCGCCGCCUCAUGCACGAUGAAUGUGGGUACAAUGGACCCAUGAUUUGGUUCGACGAAACGCGCUAUGCUGGCCGCUUCGCGCAAUCCUCUCUGUUCAGCUCCAAAUGGCUUGGAAGCCUCGGAAUCAACGGUCGGUGUGUAACGGAUGGCCAAUUCGCCAAUCUUAUAUGCAAUGUCGGUCCCGGCACAUCUGACCAGCCUCAUUGUCUAUCGCGCAACGGCGACGGCUCGGUCACCAAGAACUGCAACCAAGAAUACGUCGACAUUUGCAACCAGUACCCCGACUGGGCUGGAAUGACCAGAUGUUCCUUCUCUGGUGUCCACGGCUUCGGCCACAAUGGAAUCGGAGGUCCCAUGGCGGAUGUACAGGCCUCUCCUUGUGAACCAUUCUUCUACUUCCACCAUCACUUCAUCGACCGCAAUGCACGCAUCUACACUAACAGCAACCCACAAUGGCUCUCGCAAACGAACGGAGUCGACGCCUUCGGCAACGCUCUCACUCUCGACACCAAGGUCAACACCAUGGGAAUGAUGCCAGAUCUCACCAUCCGGGACCUCCUCGAUACUCAAAGCGUGCCGCUCUGCUACAGAUACGACUACUAAAUUUCCCUUUGUCUUGUCUCAUGCCUUGCUGUGCGUCUUUGGGCGUCUCUCUCGACUCCAUUCCACAAGCAAGCUGUUUUUUUUUCCAAAUUUGUUUUAAAAUAACUAUAGUUUUACACCCUGUGUAUACAUUUUACUCUUCUUCUAUGCCUCCUUUUUUGGCUUGUAAAAUGAUACAAAUCGCGCCGAAUGCGCCAUGAUGAAGUGAAGUGAAAAAAUGGUUGCUGUCGUCCAGGCAGCACAGUGUUUGAUUGUGGAAGAUUUGAUACCAAUGACUUGGGACCGUGUAAGGAUGCGCUUGAUUACUGUUCUUAGUGUUUUUGAAAUGUCGGUUAUGGUGAAGCCUUGAGAGGAACACAACUCGUUGCGCGCCAGAGAUUUUUGAGAUAACCAGCGAAUACGAAAUCCUCGUCCCG